CCUCAAGCAUCUGUGCUGACGUCGGAGAUAGAUCCGAUCCAAUCAGGCCUUUCUAUUCCUCGCACUUUGGCAGCUGCUCCUGCUCGACCCCGUGACAGUAAGCAGCGAAGAUGUCUUACACCAUCCGCGUCAGAGUAAUUCAGAGCGAGCCUACUUCUUGGUACAGCAUUGUGGAGAAGACCGUCUGGCACUACGGCAAUGGCGGAACCUGGAGCGAGGUGGACGGAGAGCAGAUCCUGAAGAUGGGCGAUAGUGGCACUUCCGGUGUGCUGCGCUUCCAAAACCAAGCGGGCGACUUGUUCCUCGUCGCCUUGGGAGUCCACAACUGGAAGAGGUGGUGCGACAUUGUUCCCGACCUGAAGACAACCGAAACUGCCAUGGCAAUCCACCCGACUUACUACGACGAAAACGGGCCUCGAUACCAGAUUCUCUGGAAGCAGCUGGAGAGCUUUGAAAAGGAUACGUCCAAUGGCGAGAACAUCAGGGUUGAAUACUACAGGGAGGACGAUCACGAUUUGUAUGCCACUAUCACCAUCAGCACGUAAGCAUCAUCAGCAACUGGUCUGCUUGUGGUGGUGUUUAUUUAGCCAUGAUUUUUGCAGUAGUGCAGGAUUGUGGUUUCACACCUUCAGCAACUUAGAAUCUUCUGAGAUUUGACAGCUUAGAUUUCAUGUUGCAAUCAAUCAGAUGUUCAGUAGUUUGCAAAUUCCUCACGCUCCUGGUAGCCAAUUGCUGCUUACCACGAUGUUAGGACAGACAUCAUGUCUGCGGUGAGAAUUUUUUUCUUGAGAACUUGUAAGCACUAAAGCCUGUAUGGUUGUCGGUACACAUAACCGACUUUCCGGACCUGGUGAGAACUCAUUAAAGUGAACUAUUGAAAUUUUUAAAGUAAUCAAAUUGUGUUGCGUAUCAGUUCCUGAAUGAAAUGUAUAUUCCAGUUAGAUUAAGAGGUUCGCCUACUCUCUUCUGGUUAAGUAUUUUAGAGAUUCUUCAUUUCGCAUUUUUCUAAUCAUAAAUUUCCCGGGCGAUCGGUUCAGAUAGUAC